AUGAUAGCAAGAGUGAUGGAUUAUUGGCUCAUUUUUCUCCUUCACUUUCAUCCACUGCACCUUCUCAUUUAUUUUCCCUUUCCCCUCUAUCCAUUUCCAAAGUUCUCUAAUCAGAUAUCUGCUUUACUCUCUGUGCCAUUGAUUUCCUUUAUUUUUGUGGUUUCAGUUACUAGGUUUAGAUAGAUAACCCUGCUGUCUAUCUGUACUAGUCCCACUUUUCUAUUCUAUUUUCUGGCCAACUUGUCUCUCUUGGAGAUUGGCUACACUUGCUCUGUUGUACCCAAGAUGCUGCAGAGUCUCGUGAGUGAGGCCCGAGGGAUCUCUCGGGAGAGUUGUGCCAUGCAGAUGUUUUUCUUUACAUUAUUUGGUAUCAGUGAAUGUUGCCUUUUGGCAGCCAUGGCCUUUGACCGCUAUAUGGCCAUAUGCUCCCCACUCCACUACGCAACACGAAUGAGUCAUGGGGUGCGUACCCAUUUGGCAAUGGUUUCUUGGGGAGUGGGAUGCAUGGUCAGUCUGGGCCAGACCAGCUAUAUUUUCUCCUUGGACUUCUGUGGUCCCUGUGAGAUAGACCACUUCUUCUGUGACCUCCCACCCAUCCUGGCACUUGCUUGUGGGGAUACGUCCCAUAAUGAGGCUGCAGUCUUUGUUGUGACCAUAGUUUGCAUAUCCAGCCCAUUUUUACUGAUCAUUGCUUCCUAUGGAAGAAUUCUAGCUGCCGUGCUGGUCAUGCCAUCACCUGAAGGCCGCCAUAAAGCUCUUUCCACCUGUUCUUCCCAUCUGCUGGUAGUAACACUAUUCUAUGGCUCAGCAUCAGUCACCUACCUGAGGCCCAAAGCUAACCAUUCACCAGGAGUGGACAAACUCCUAGCUCUUCUCUAUACAGUGGUGACAUCCAUGCUCAACCCCAUCAUCUAUAGUUUACGGAACAAGGAUGUCAAGGCAGCCCUCAGAAGAACUCUGGGCAAGAAAAAAGUUUUGACUCAUGCGUAGGUACAUGAGGAUCAUGCAAAUCUGCUCUUUGGAAAGGAUGCACACACAGCCUAAGAGUAAACAAAUAAACUAACAAAAUACUGUGCACUCUUUC